AUGGGCAAUAGCGACAGCAAGAGCAAGUUCCGCGAGAGCGUGUACAAGCUCAACAACGAGGUCAUCAGCUCGAAGAACCUCGAGUUCUGGGACAAGCUCUGGCGCAUCCCCACCGUCGCCGAGGAGAUCUUCACGCUCAUCCAGCCCGACGACGUGCGCAUGUUGCGCCACCAGCAGCCCACGAACUUGGCCACGAUGCUCUCGCAGGCGGUCGCACAGCUCGUGCAGCUCGUGGAGACGCCCGUGCCCAAGUACUACCAGCAGGCGCUCAACUGCGUGCGGGUCCUGACGCGGCUCGUGCCGUUUAUUUUGGAAGAAGGAGGCGACGACUUUGUCCAGGAGCUCUUUUGGCACGUACAAGAGGAAGAACAGGACGGAGAGACAGGGGAGGAGAAAGAAGAGGAAGCUGGAGCCGAGGAAGAGAAGGAGCAAGUGUCGGGAGCUGCUGGGGAGCCGUUGGCGAAGCAGAUGCUGCAUGCGAUCAUGGGGUUACUCUUUUUGCCGGAGUUUACGGUCUCGAUCCAUGCGUACAAGGGGUACGGAGAAGAGCGACGGAGUGCGACACGGAGUGGAGAGAGCACGACGAGUGGGGUGCUGGUGUUCCCGUCGUUAUUGUGGCACUCGGGGGUGGGGUACCCGGAUGCUAGUGUCGUGAACUCGUCGACGUACGAUAAGAAUCGGAAGGAAGUGCUGGCGCUCCUUUUGACGUGCUUUUCGAGCAUUUUGUACCAGAAAGCAGAGACGUGCAGUCAGUGGAAAGACCGGUUUCUGGAAGUGGCAACGGCCCCAGAGUGUCCGUUUGUCCCGACGCUGUUUUACUCGCUGCUGAAUAUCGUCGUGGCGUAUGAUCCAGUGGGGUGGGGCGUGCCGUACGCGGGCUCGAUCGUGUCAGAUGACCGCGAGGUGCUCGUGGACUUGUCGCUGCAAGUGCUGCUAGUACUGCUGGAUUUUGGACAGACGUUGGAGAUGACGACGGGCGCGAUGUCAUUGAAGCCGCAGCUGGGGAGUUUGACGCCAGUUAUCAAGCGGCGCUCGUCGUCGGUCACGUUGAGACCGUCGAAUCCGUUGUUUGAUGGUGUGCCGAACGCGUAUCGUGCGUUGCUGUCAUCACUGCAACGACCUGAAGAUUUUAAGCUCAUUUUCUUGGGCAUCUCCCGGCUCUUGAACAACUACCAUCAGUCCAUGAGCACGUUGCUGCCAAACUCGAUCAAGCAGAUCAAAUGCCACCAGGAGCUGCUCGUUUUGUUGUGGAAGAUGCUGGACGAAAAUGCAGAGUUUUUGCAAUACGCGCUGAAAAAAGCAGACGCGAACCAGCUCGUGGUGCCGUUGCUCUUCUUGAUGUAUGAAGGCAGACAGGAACCGGCCAAGGUUGGCAUGAUCCACAUCUGUACCUUUAUUUUGUUGUUGCUGAGCGGCGAACGGGAUUUUGGUGUAAACCUGAACAAGCCCUUUACCAACCACCUACCGCUGGACCUGCCGCCGUUUUCCGGGAACCACGCUGAUCUCUUGAUCGUUUGCUUGCACAAGAUUAUCGUGAGCGGCUACGAGAAGCUCAACUCGGUUUACAACUGUUUCCUCACCAUCAUUUGCAACAUCUCACCGUACUGCAAGAAGCUCAACAUGGUGUCGGCGGUGCGUCUGAUGCGUCUGUUCAAGCUCUUUGCACAGCCGCGAUAUCUAUUCGACAACGAGGCCAAUCAUCACUUGAUUUUCUUCCUGCUCGAGACCUUUGACAACAUCAUUCAGUAUCAGUACGAGGGCAACCAACAAGUUGUGUACGCAAUGAUUCAAACCAAGGGUGUGUUCUACCAGCUCAAUGAUCUGCAGCUUCCGCCUAUUCGAGCGGCCACGUCUGAAGGGAAGAAUCCGGCUAAGAAAGAAGGCGACAGUACCGAGGAAGGAAAACAAGAGGAGGAACAAUCGUCCAAUGGCGAAUUCGUUCCGACGGUCGAGUGGCUGGCUGCCUGGAAGAAGAAGCUGCCUCUGACAACGAGCCUCCGACUGCUGCAGAACCUGAUCCCGCAACUCGAAGAUGCUUGUCAGAAAGCCGGUGGCAGUCUGGAUGAAGAUGCGAUGCUGUAUUUCCUGCGCACUACGACGAUGGUGGGUCUCUUGCCUGUACCGCACCCGAUCGUGAUCAGAAAAUACCAGAUCAAUCAGUACACGCAUCUGUGGUUCACCACGUUUACCUGGGGCGUCAUAUUUCUUCGCAACCAGUUGCUUCCCCUCUUUGACGGCGGUGCAAUCACUCUUUUUACCAUCAGCGUUCUGUAA